AUGAUUUUAGCUACAAAUUUCGAAUAUCCGUCUCGUUAUGCCAAACUCAGUGUCAGAUAUUAUAACAUUCCUCAAAGUAAUGAAAAAUCUAGUGGAUGGCUUUUUUCAGUAACAACCGCGGGAACUAUUCAAACUAUAACUUCCAUAACAACUGCUAAUACUACACCAUUCAUUCUUAUCUCUUGUGACAAUUCAACUCACAUUACAUGGACUAAUGGUACUUGUGUUACAAGAGAAUUUGCACAAAUAUCUUCCAUCCUUACAAUAUUCAAUAAUUCUUCUAAUGAUACUGAAAAAGCCAAUGCUCUUUCAAUAUAUGUAACUGCAAUUACUAACUCGAAUGUAACAUCAAAUUCAAAUAAUACUCUAACAAUCAGUCAAAUUAAUCAAGUAGUUGGUAAUUUAAAGAGUGAUAAUCAUACAAAAAAUAGUAAUGAUUCAAUUCUUAUCGUAACAAGACCGAAUCAAGAAUUUAAUGGAACAAUUAUCAUAGGCGCUUCAUUUCAAGAAGAUGUUCGUGGUACAGUUGUUGAUACUAGAAAUAAAAAUAAUGUAACCAAUUCAAAUUUAUCAGCUGCUGGUAUUGUUACUGUUGAAUCAUUAAAUGACGCUAAAUCUUUCAAUAUGCUUAUUGUAAAUGAUCCAACUCCAUUUGAAAAUGUUGAUAAUACAAGUAAUAGAACACUUUCAUCAUCAAUUGUUUUUGCUACAAUAAAUAGCACAAAUUCGAAUCGUACGAAAAUAUCUAUUGAUUUAUAUUUUCAAGUUUUAAAACCACCUAAACCAACUGAAGAUGUCACAUAUUUGUGUACAUAUUAUGAUACAAAUACUUCACAAUGGAAUGAAUAUGGUUGUACAAUACCUCAAUAUAAUACAAAAUUUCAACGAUAUGAAUGUCAAUGUAAUCAUACAACAUCUUUUGCUCUUAUUUGGUUACCAAAACCUCCUGGACCACCAGGAAAUAUUCCACGAGCAGUAUUAGAUCAUCAAGACAAAGCAUCAAUUGCAUUUCAAAUUAUUUCAAUUAUUUGUUUCAUAGGAGUUAUUAUUCAUGGUAUUGUUAUGAAAUUUACUAAACCACACAUGUUUAUUCAACUAAGAUUAUUAGUUUCAUUGAUAUCAUGUGUAGUUACAAUGAUACUUUUUAUUUUUUAUAUUGCACUUGGUUUAACUGUUUAUUCAAGAUUUUCACAAUCGAAUACUAUUGAAAACUCUCCUAAUCGAGGACGAAGUUUUCAAGAAAAUUCUAAUGAAAUAAAUUUAUUAGAAACUGAACUAAACUCACGAAUUGAUUCUUCAUCUGUAAAUUCAUCUCUAUCUUAUAUUCCAUGUUUACCAAAUGAACAUGGUUUAAUGUUUAUUGUUUAUUUCUUAAUUAUUUUUAUGUUUGGUGUAAAAACUAGUUUUGGUUAUUAUAAUUAUCGUCGUUAUGUUCAAUUAUAUCCUCCACCAUCACUUGUAAAUCUUAGUAUUACUAUUGGUAUAUCUUUUCUUAUUGGUAUAAUAUAUAUGGCUAUUGCAGCUGGCCUUAAUUCUAAUCCAUCAAAUAAUAUUUCUGAGAUAUAUAUAGGUAAACUUUGUUGGUUUAGUCGUAGUGUUAUUCAUUAUUUUUUAACUAUACCAAUAUGUAUAUUUCUUCUAACAAGUAUAAUUUUGAUUAUUUGGGUUGCUAAACGUAUGAUUGUUCAUGCUAACGAAGCUGAAUCAGCUGAGUCUAUAUAUAAGCGAAGAAAAUAUUGUGUAAUCGUAGUCUUAAUAUCUUGUGUUACUCAAGGUCUUGGUUGGCUUUUUGGUCCAUUGAUAUUGAUUACUGAUCCGAAAGUUGGUGAAGUAUUAGGAUGGUUUUUUGUUAUAUUUAAUGGAUUGGAAGGUGUUUGGAUAAUACUUUUAUAUAUUAUUGCUCGAAAAGAACAUAUGGAUGAAAACUUACGUGGCAAAUACAAAGAACAGAUGGAACUUCGAAAAAUUGAAGGUGGAAAACCUAAGCCAGAUGAUCUGAAUGUUGAGAGAAGACCUCCACUUUUGCAAGAUUUGAGAAGUGAUUCACCACGUAAUUCAUUUGUUGAUUUGGCAGCAAUAAAUACGUGUCAUUAUCCGUAUUCUGAAAAUAACGAUUAUUUAUAA